CAAUGUUCAUGCAUUCAUCAUGAUCCGUGUGAUUCAAUUUGUCUCUGUUUUUCAUUAGUGCAUUCCGUUGCACUGUUUGUUCUCAUUUUACUGUUGUUGUUCACGUCUCAAUGGUUCGUAUUGCUAUUUUGGUUGAAAUUACAUUGCGAUAUUCGUGCACUAUAUAAAUUGUUUUUCAUCAUCGUUUGCAUAAAAAGGAUUGUGGUCGUGUUCAAUAUUCUUCAAUUGAAAUUCAUUCGCAAUUUGGUGGUGUGCGCGACAAAGUGGGAGAGAGCGAUAGAGAGAGAAAGCAGACAACAACCAGUGAAAAAAUAUAUGUUUUCUGUGAAUCAUGACCAUUGAUUGCACGGAUUGGAAUUGAUGUGAAAAUAAGUUUCAAUUGAAUGUGUACGCUGAUAUUAUUCGAUGUGAAGUGUGCCAGUCAGUGUUUUUAAAUGUAUGCAGAGAAAAUAAUUUUUCUAUAAAAUGUUUUUGUGAAAGUCGUAGGAAGUGGAAUAGAAAAAAAAAUACGAAACAAGGUACUCUGAAUGACUGACAGAAGCGCAAGAAAGACCAUUCAAAAUUGAAAACUAAAAUACUCAAACGACAAAAAUAAACAUUGAAGCACAUACACACAUACACACAGAAAAGAAUAACAAUUGAAUCAUUAUGCCAAAAUUGAGCGAUAAAUUAAGUGAAAGGAGUGGUAACACAGUGCGAAACCAUCAUCGAUUGUUGAUCGAUGGCUUCAGUAACUACGAAGAUGAUUCAUUACCCGAUUACAGUGAAUUCGAUAGUGAGUCUGUGGUACUAGACUACCGCAGAGAAAGCCGAAAAUUUGCACAACCGGCCAAAAUGUCGGCACCAAUGACAACAAUUGAAACGGUCACCAUUACACGACCUUUAAAGGUAAUCGCAUUCAUAUGUGGCAUUAUUGUAAUUAUCCUUUUGAUAAUGGCCUUAACAUCAACUGAUUGGCUAUUGUCGAGUGGCUGGCGGCAGGGAUUGUUCUCACACUGCAUCGAGGAUCUCACUCAGCCAAUACCAUUCAACUAUGAAGCAAAAGAAGGAGAAGGAUGCUACCCGAGCCGAGAUGUUUAUUAUAUUAAAGCCACGGCCGCUUUGUGUAUACUCAGUCUGAUCACAGACAUUAUCGCAACCGUUUUAACGGGAAUUGGUUUACACACAAAAAAUCAAAACAUAAAGUACAAGUUCUAUCGGCGAGCUGUACUCAUUAUGUUGGUAGCAUUAAUUUCGGUUUUAGUGGCUCUCAUCAUGUAUCCGCUGUGUUUUUCGGGCGAAUUAAGUUUAGGCAAUCGUCCGAUAUGGGAAUUUGGAUAUGCGUAUGGUGUCUGCUGGGGUGCAGCUAUUUUCUUAUUCGGUGGUGUUAUUUUAUUGUUAUGCGAUAAAGAAUCAGAAGAGAUUUACUUUAAAGAACGUAAAAUCGUACACAAUACACAACUACAAACCUAGGCCAGAUCGCACGCCCUGCCACAUCAUUUGCCAGAUGUCGUUCUCUAAGCUGAGUUUUCUUUCAUUUUUUAUACAUAUAAAUUAUAUAUAAAAUAAGUAUCAAGAAGAAGAAAAACAAACACACAUAUAUAUACAUACACACACUGACAUGAUACAAUAUGAGAUGAACAGUUGUUUAUGCGAAAUAAAACCGAAAAAUUGACGCAAACAGCACGCAAUAUUCGCAUCUCCCUGAGUCCGUCAACACACACAUACAAACAAUAUUGCGACAGUUUUUCAUGUCAUUUUCUCACAUAGACACACAUUUCAAAUCGAAAUUGAUAUGCACAUUUCGGAUCAAAAAGCAGUCUAUGUAUUUCGGAUAGAUAUCCAUCCGAGAUAUUUUAGAAUAUCUGGAUAUUCAACGCAACUGCACAGUGCCAGAGCUGUUUGCAUCGCAAAUAGAAUCUACGGUAGGUCGCUACGUAUAUGUGUAUCAACUUGAUACUAUCAAGUGCCGCACGUACACAGUCACACUUUGUCUGUAUUUUUCGUGUAGCGACAUAACGUAGGUUAUAUGUGAGACGCACACAGCUCUGGCCCUGUGCAGUUGCGUUAAAUAUCCAGAUAUUCUAAAAUAUCUCGGAUGGAUAUCUAUCCAAAAUACAUAGACUGUCAAAGAGAUAUACAAGUAAAAUCAAAACAACCGGGAAAAUGAAUCUCAUGUCGACACAAAAAAAAAUCAUUUACACAAUUUUUAUAGAUCAUUUAUUUAGCUUCAUAAAUUCAACUAAAAAAAAUACCACACUUUUUAAUUUACACAUUAAUUGUGUGAGAAUUAUAUAUAUUUGCGACCAUUUAAAGCAUACCAUACAGACAAUAUAUUUAGCUGCCGUCAUCUGGAUAUUACAGCUCAUCUGGAUAUCGUCAGCAGAUGAUACGAAGUGAAAA